UCGACAGAAAAAAAGCCCAAACAACAUGGCGUCUGAGUGCAGUCAUCGAACGCAGCUUACGUGGAUUUCGAAACAAAAUUAGAGAUGUAUCCAAGUUGAAAUCAACACCGGCUAGCCGAAAAUAAUUCGGAAAGAUGGACUCUACAGAGGAAGUCACCAAACCGGGUUCAUCCCUCCUGGAAUCCAUGCUGACGUUGGACAGCACAGCCCUACUACCAAGAGCAUCACCCAUGGUUAAUCACCCUGCAAGUCAAGCUGCAGCCCAAGCGCUAUCAAAAUCAUGGGGCAGCCACGGAAUAAUGGCAGAGGAUACAACCAGUGGGGCUUCCAACGUCACUGUGAGACUCCCAAUCCACACUGUGUCGACAAGCUUUGGAGUUCUUGGCAGUGGUUCACUCAGUUUGAAGAGGAAUAACGUUGUGGGUAGACCCGUGAAGACAGAUCUCAGUGGAACUGGAAGAGUGUUGACCCAAAGAAAGAAUCCCAGCGUGAAAUUAAAACAGUUGAGCAGUGGCGCAAUGACAUCAGUGUUUGGUGGGCCCGUAAAAGGCCUGAAGAAAGCUCUGGAGGAGGUCUCCACACUGUCGCAGUCACCAACCAGGGAGUCUACCAGUGCAGAUACACCUGUAGGCUCGUCGUCGCAGUCGUCGGAUUGCAUAUUGGAUUUAGCGUCGGAUCAGGGGGCCAACGGUUCGACGGGAGGUGGCGACAGUGAAUUGGAAUUAAUUGAAGAAACCUGGCCGGGAAAAGUGUGUGCGUUUUGCAACCUAGGCGAACGCAGUCAGCUGGGACAGGGUGAAAUGCUGAGGCUGGAAGUGGGGUCGGAUUUUGAAAGUUUACGCCAGAGCACGUUGCACAGUGAAGAGCGUCUCCAAUCGCUGGCCGCCAAUGCCGGGGCCGUCAGCACCAAUAAGACGUCGCUGGGCCCCUGCCCAGUCGGCGGCAAUACUUCCAGCAGUCAUUUGACCACCUCUUUGCAGCCGUCCAGCAUCAAGAAACCGCGGCUGGCGCUGAAAGGGCGACGGACGUCGUCGUUUGAUGCGUCGCAAUCGUUUCGCUCUGAACUCCAGGAGGAGUUGAUGGCCGUGGGCUACGCAGAAGAGCCGGAUCUGCUGGCCAUCGUCGAGCCUUGCGGCUACUUUUACGCUCACCGGAUGUGCGCCAUUUGGUCGAAGGGCGUCAAGGUGGUGAACGACGACGACACCAACGCCGGUCCCAGUGUAGUGUCGGUUUGCUCGGCCAGCAGUUGGCCAGAAGUUGCCGGAGCUGAUUCCGCUUUGAUCCGGGCCGCCUCCCUGCGAUGCCACUUGUGCGGCUCUUUCGGCGCCUCCCUAUCCUGUCAACACGCGACAACUGGGGGCACUGGAUGCCCGAAAUCUUUCCACUUUCCCUGCGCAGUCAGUGGCGGAGCUUUUCUGAACGCCAAAACGAGAGGAUUGCAUUGUCCGGAUCAUAUUCAUCAGGGAUCGAUCAUGGCCGGCCCAUCAGACGCCAAUUGUGCCGUCUGUCAUUCGCCAUCCAAUGUGGCCAAUCAGCUAUUUUGCGUUACCUGCGGCAAACAUUACCACGGCUCCUGUGUCGGACUGGGUAGCAGCCCGGGAGUCCGAACGGCCUGGCAAUGCAACGAGUGCAAAGUUUGCAUCACCUGCAGGACUCCAGUGGCCCAACAAGGAACUGGAGCCGAGGCGGUCACCGACCGAACCAAAAUGCUCGUCUGCGACACUUGUGACAAGAAUUACCACCCCUCCUGUGUCCGGCCGUUGAUUUCCAACAUUCCCAAACUUGGCUGGAAAUGCAAAAAUUGCCGAGUGUGCGGCGAUUGCGGGUCCAGGACGCCCGGAUCGGGUCCUUCGUCUCGCUGGCACGCCUGUUUCACCGUCUGCGAUUCCUGUUAUCAACAGAGGAACAAGGGCGUUUCCUGCCCCAUGUGCGGUAAAGCUUAUCGCCAUUCGCAGCGAGAAAUGAGCCAGUGCACACGAUGCCGCAAAUACGUGCACUCUGGAUGCGAUCCGGAAGCGGAUCGGACGCUGGUUCAGCGGAAGAAAGACAUGAAUUCCGACUACGAGUAUCUUUGUCCUCCCUGCAAAGUCUCGUCGCCUGUGCCGACCCCGAAAUCGGCCAUGGAACUCGACCCGCUGUCGGAAAGCAAUCCGGGAUCGGUUAGUCAAGACAAUUCGCAGCAACAGACGACGCAUCAGCAGCAGCUGGCCAUGAUCGACGUUGAUGUUCCUGGCACCCCCACCUACUCUGACGAGCUUCAGCAACAACAAAUCCAACAAGAAGAGACGAAACCGCUGGCCGUUCGUGUCGGGCAGAAGGUCAUGGCGUCUCAACAGCAGCAGUCUGCCGGUAAAAUCGCCCGGAAGCGGAUGACUGGUGCGGCUGCGGCCGGUGGGGGAGGUGGUGGAGCCGGUGGCCGACCCAAAGGAUCGGGCAAAGCUUCGUCAUUUGGAGCCGCUGGAUCCAACAGCGGCGGAGGCGCCGCUUACAACCGCAAGGCCAACAAGUUGGCCGAUUUCGGACGGAAGAGAGGACCCAAACCAAAGAUGCGGGGCGUUUUCGGUGCCCCUGGAGUCGGUCUCCAACGGCCAGCAGAUGGGACUGGCAGUGGAGGCGGAGCCGGUGGAGGAGCAGCAGCGACGGGCAGCGUUUCGUCGACUGGCGGUGGAGGAAUUGAAGGGGAGCCCUGCCUGGAGAACAAGUUGAUCCUUUGUUCGUCAUCCGACAGUUUUGUAGUGGAGCAAGACGCUUGUGCCAUGUGCGGUUCUUUCGGUUUGGACCAGGAAGGCCGUCUCAUCUCUUGUGCCCAGUGUGGCCAGUGCUACCAUCCGUUCUGUGCCAACGUCAAGGUCACCAAAGUCAUUUUGCAAAAGGGCUGGCGCUGCCUGGACUGUACGGUGUGCGAAGGGUGUGGCGAACGUCACGACGAGGCCCGUCUGCUCCUCUGCGACGAGUGCGACAUCUCGUACCACAUUUAUUGCAUGGAGCCGCCGCUGGACUACGUGCCGCAGGGCAACUGGAAGUGCAAGUGGUGCGCCGUCUGCCAAGUUUGCGGCUCCAACGAGCCGGGCCUCAACGCCAACUGGACUCACCAGGCCAACGGCUCCCUCUGCGGACCCUGCGCCUCCCUGCGCCAAUGCCCGUCGUGCUCCUCGUCCUACAACGAAGGUGAGCUCAUCAUCCAGUGCCAGCAGUGCGCCCAGUGGCUCCACGCCGCCUGCGACCUCAUCCGCAACGAGCGGGAGGCGGAAUUUUGCGCCGAGGACGGAUACACUUGCGUCAUCUGUCGCCCGCCCGAUCAACAGCCUCCGCACCUGCACCCAUCCAACGCUUCCGCCGCUGCCUUGGCACUGGCUCCACCACCGCCUUCGCUCUCGGUCCAGGCCUCCGCCUCCAAUCAGGCCGGCCAUCGGCAAAACAGACAGUCGUCAUCGGCCACUCCGCCACCUAGUCCCGUUCCAGGUCUACUGCAGGAAUUGGCCGGUGGCUCCUUGAUCAACGGAUCAUCCAAUAGCAUCCGACCCAAAUCGUCGGCCUCUUCUUCCAGCCAAUUCCUAGUGGACGGCGUCUCCUUGUCGGAAGGCGGAAUGAACCACUUGCGGUCGCUGCAACUGGACCAGCCCCGUCGCCGGUGUCGCAACAAAAAGUCGCUCGAGUCUGACGCCCAGGACGACGUCCAAGGAGACGGCCAAGAAGAUUCCCUGUUCAAAGACGGGACGGUGUUGACCCCGCGUGAAGACGGGCGGAUGCCCGACGUCCCCGAGGGUUACGCCAUCGUCCAGGGUGACAACGGGGCGCUGAUUUUACGCAAGAAGCGCCAGCGAAACCUGCAGAAACUGGGCAUCGGAGGCUUCCAGGUGCGUCGACCCUGGGCCCGCGUCAAAGACAAGGAAGAGGACGCCAUGGACAAUUACAACACGGCCGAAGUGACUUUGCAGCAGCUGAAGGAAACGACGGCGACGACGCCGACGCCUCCCACGACGACGGCAGCCACCACGUCGGUCGAUCAAGUCACCGCCGAUGCGGGCAAGCCCAAGCGGAAGCCGCAAAGGCGCAAGGCUAAGAACAAAUUGGCCGAAACGUACCCGACGUAUUUGCAGGAAGCUUUUUUCGGACGGGAUCUCCUGGUGAAGCCCAGCGGCAACUCUGGCGCCACCAACAACUCGAGUUCCUUCCUCAGCGACUCGUUGUCGGCCAACGACUCGCAGACGGCCAGGGCCAGCGGCAGUGACUCGGAGCCAACCGACGAUGUCGCCAUUCCAGCCGUCAAAAAUCCGUCCAUCAUUCACUUGUCGAAGGAAGAAGUGGCCGAUUUGGAGAGGCGAUCAGCUCCAGUGGGCGGCAGCGUCGUCGCAGCACCCGCACCGGUCCCCAUUCCACAGCAACAACAACAACCCAACAACCCGCCACUGACUGUCCAGUCGUCGCCACAGCAGAGUCACCUGCGAGUGGCUCCUGUCGUUGUUCCUACCGUGGCCCAACCAAUUGUCCACGUCUCGGUUGCUGGCAAGCCGGUGGUCCGUGCCCAGGUGGCACUUGGGGGUGCCAUCAAACCCGAAGUGGAAGAAGACCCGCUGGAACUGGCCGGCGACAACGAAGAAGAAGAAGAAGACGAAGCCCUAAAAGAUAUUCUGCCGCUGGCUGGCGAUUUGCUGGACUCGGACGACCUGGUGGAUUCAAUCAUGAAGGAGGGCGACGCCGGAUGCGCCGUCGACGACGACGACGUCAAUCCAGAUCACAAUCCGCUGGAACUGGAGGACGACUCACCGACCCAGGUCCACCAAGGUGCUGGCCAGCAGCAAAGGGACGAGCUGGCGGACAUUCUGUUGGAAACGAUCGAAGUCGGCGGCCUGCCCAACAUGGACUGCAAGGACGUCGAGGACAUUUUCAAGGGAGUCUUGACGGACGAGUCGCAAGAGUCGCAGUCGGCAGACUUUUCCCAAAUGGCCCCUGUUCAACAGCAACAACAGCAGCAACAACAACAACAUUCCAUGGCUGUUGGUUUCAAUUUGAACAGCAACAACGGCGGAGGCAAUCCUGGCAGCUUGAUGCCUCCAGUAGCCUCUGGCGGUCCAGCAGCUCUAGUCAGAGCGUUGUCGCAGCAACAGUCGCAGCAAGGAACUGCGUCGCCCAACACAAAUGUCCAGCAACAACCGCAACUACCUCCGCCUUGUUCGCCCUAUUUCUCCGAGUACAGUUCCAGUCCAGGAUUCAGCCCGGCCUUUUCCGAACCGCCGCAAAGUCCCUGGCCGUCAUCAUCCGGUAGCAACGUCGGGUUGUCUGGCGGCGGCGAUCCUCACGGCGGCUCCAGUGAUCUCCAGGAUCGAGACGGAGGCGGACCCGGCGCCACAGCCAAUCAGCGCAACGCGCUCAAGUGGGAAGCGGACGAAGCCCUGGGCUUGUCGGCCACCAUUUCGGCCGUCCUCUUUGCCAACACCAAUCACCCGGAAUUGAGACGCGAUUUCCCAGCCUGGACGGAGCGAUGGAAGCAAAUCGCCAAAAUUUGGCGCUCGUUGCCGGCCGACAAGAAGGCGCCGUUCCUGCAAAAGGCCCGUGAAAACCGGGCGGCCGUCCGCCUCCAGAAGACGCACCACCAGCAGCAAACGCAACAGGAAAUCGAGAGGCCAGUCAUGGCCGUUCCUCGUCGCGGAGUUGUCGAAACGGAACAGGAACGCCAGUGGAAGCAACUACAGGCCCUCAGACAACAACAGCAACAACAGCAACAGUUGGCCAGUGGUGGACAGAUUGUACCUCUCGGCGGACACGUUCCAGUUCCUGCCGGAUCCAUGGCUAUGCCUCCUGGCCAACCGGAAGCAGUUGUAGCACAACAACAACAGAUUUUGCAACAGCAACAGCCUCCCAUGCCCAACCAACAGCAGCAGCAACAACAGCAACAACAACUGGGAGGUGGUUUCGCCACUCCCAUUCAAGUUUCUCGAGUUCGCGCUCCUGGUGAGCCCGUCAACGGUCCGACUGGGCCCGUUUUCAUGCUCCGCGGCCCUGGCAACCCACCGAACGUCCAACAGCAAACGGCGGUGGUCCCACCUUCCAUGGUCAUCGCUCCCGAUGGAGUAGAAGGGGUGGAUCCUUCGGUGGUAAUUGGCGGUGGCGUCGUUGUCGAUCCUUCGCGGCAGCAACUCCGCGAUUUGCUUCAGCGCCAGCAGAUGCAGCAGCAGCAACAACAUCGGCAACAACAGCCGCAUUUCAUCAAGGCGGAGAACGUCAAGAGGGAGGAGGAUGGGGUAGUCAUCAAUUCCAUGCCACCGCAACAACAGCAGCAGCAACAACAACAACAAUUCGCCAUGCAGCAACACCAACAGCAGCAGAGGUCGCAGUUCCGCUACCCUCUACCUCCGUCCGCCACUGGACCGAAUGUCGUGGCCCAGGGACCAGUCAUGCAGCAACAACAACAACCAAUGCAGGGAGCCCCUCGCAUGAUGUCGCCUCAACAUCAGCAGCAACACAUGCAGAUGCAGAUGCAACAGCAACAACAACAGUUGCAACCCAGGCCGAGAGGUUUCCAGCCCGGCUCGGCUGAAUUCCGUCAACCCAUUCAAGUUGUUGCUCCUCCCCAACAGCAGCAGCAGCAACUGGUCCAAGGUCAUUUCCAGGAUCCCAGAAUGCGGAUGAUGAUGAUGCAGCAACAGCCACCACCUCAACAACAGCAGCAGCAGCAAAUGCAGAUGCAACGUCCUAUCGGCCAAGUGCAACAACAACAACUCCAUCCCCAACAGCAGCAACAGAUUCAAUCGGUUCAUCCUGGUGGCAUCCGGCAAAUUCAUCCGGGCGUCAUGAUGCAGCAACAACAACCAAUGCAACCCAAUGUCCAUCCCAUGGCUAUGCAGCAACAACAACAACAACACAUGAUGAUGCAACAACAGCAGCAACCACAACCGGUAAUCCAGCAACAGCAACAACAGCAGCAGCCGAUGAAAGUGGAGAUGAUCCACGAGGAGCCGCCGACGCCGUGCGCUGCGGCCGUUUCCGCCGUGGCCGAGUCACAGAACCACAACAACCUGCACCAACAACACGAUCCUGCCGACGACGAUUUCGGCGACUUGGGUCUCGGCUGCGUCGACGACGACGAGCUGCUCGGCCUGGGCAACGACUUCAACAUUUUGGAGUACGCCGAUCCUGAACUGCACGACGCCAUGGACGACAUGAUGGGCGGCGGCCAAGACGAUCACCCGGGCCAUCGAUCCUCCUCGUCGACCGGCAACGGCGGCGCUGGCGGCGCAGACAGUCCCAGCGAUUUCAACAUUUUGGAAUACGCCGAUCCUGGCGAGUUGGAUGGAACGUCGACGACGACGACAGCCCCCGGCGAUGAUGUCAACAACCAACGGCCGUCCAAUGAGCAACUGUCGCCGGACGAGUUGUCUCGACGCAAGAAAGAGGCCGAAGAGAAGGCGGCCAAAGUGGCUCAGGACAUGAACGAGUUCCAGGCCAAACUGCUGGAACUCACCGAACAGAAGAAGCAACAACAAUUGAAAGCUGAAGCUCAACAGCAGCAACAACAACAACAGCAGCAGAAUGCCCAACAUCAACAGCACCAAUUGCAGCAGGGACCGGAUUCGGUCGGGUCCUCUCCAGGAGCGCAGCAGCAGCAGCAGCAACAACAACAACAAUUUGGUGCCGUCGGCGGAUACCCGCAACAGCAGGCGGCUCAGCCUCCUCCGCCCUACCGAGGUCCUCCUCCGCCCUAUCCAGGGACUCCGCGGGCUCCGUCAAAUUCUCAGCUGGGCUACGGUUGUAUUGUCCGUCCCGGUGGCCCAAGUGUCGGUGGUGCAGGUGGUGGCGGUGUUGUUGUCCACGGUUGUUCUCCUAACUCCGCUAUUGGCAGUCCCGUCUACCUGGUCUCUCCCCCACCUACUCCCACCUCCCUUGCUCCUCCCCCACCGCCUCCUCCUCUUCCCCCUCCUUCGGCUCCUUCUCUUCCGGCGGCUUUUCACCACCACCAGCAAAUGCAACAACAGCAGCAGCAACAACAACAACAACAAAGACGAUCUUUGCUCCUACAGCAGGAACAACCCCUACUGCUGGAAGAUUUGCUGGAACAGGAGAAGAGGGAACUGCAGAGGCAGCACAUGCAGCACCAACAGCAGCAGCAGCAACAACAACAACAGUCGCCGUUGGGCGGAGGGAUGCCGUUCGGUGCCGGAAUCAAUUCGGCCCCCAUCGGGUCGACGCCGGAGAAACCGUUUCUCUCGGACACGGAUUUCGAGAAACUCAAAGCCGACGUCCUGGCCGGCGGCCCGUCCGUUUCCCUUUCACCACCAGCUGCUGUUCAUCCGCAUCACAUGCAGCAACAACAGCCGCUGCAGCAACAACACCAACAGCAUCACAUUCACCAGCAGCAACAACAACAACACCUUCACUUGCAUCAGGGGCAAGUUCAACAUCCCCAACAACAGCAGCAACAACAACAUUUCCAGCAUCCGCACGCUCCCAAUGUUGUCCAGCACCAGCAGAUCCAGCAGCAGCAACAAACGAUGCAGAUGCACCGACCUCAAGGCAAUUUCCAGACGGUCCAUCCGCACAUGGUGAAUCCGCAACAGCCACAGCAGCCUUUCAUUCGUGCUGGACCGCCCAUCCAGCAGCAGCAGCAGCAACAACAACAGUGGCACGUUCACCAGCAGCGAUCGCCCGGCUCGGCGUCAGCGGUUCCGCCCGAUACCGGACUCCAUCCGGCCCUACUUCAAUCUCAAUCCAACGGAUCGGCUCCAACUGCUCGACCUCCGUUGCCGCCUCCUCUCCUGCCGGCCAUGGCGGCCCCGUCGGAGAACGUCACCAACGAGGCGGAACGGCAACAGCAAGUCACCUACGAGCAGUGGCUUGGCCAGCAACAGCACCUGAUCCGGCAGCACCAAGUUUAUUACGAGACGGAAGUGAGCAAGUUGCGGAAGCAGCGCAAAUCGCUCAACAGCCGCCAGAGGCAAUUGCGGAAGAACAACCAGGAGUUGAACGACGCGGAUGCUGGCGAGUUGGAUCGCAUCACGACCGAACAGCAGGGCCUUCAGAAGCAGCUGGAUCAAGUCCGCCGACAGGCCAGGCAGCACACGAUGCUCGUGCAGGACUACCGCAACAAACAGCAGAAGAGGCAGGGAGUGGUGGGACCACCCGUGGCCGGCCAAGGCCAGCAACAACUCCCCGCCUCGCCGUCUCCUAUGACCGUGGCGGAUGGGUCGGGCAAUUUCGCCGCAUUCGGCCAGCCGCAGCAGUUGCAGUUGCAGAUCCAGCAGCAGGGACAACAACAACAACAACAUCCUCAGCAGGCCAGUCCAAGAGGUGGCGGCAUGGUGGUCGGCGGAAGAGUCACUCCUCAAUCGCCGCAUCCGCUCUUGUCGCCAGUCGGCCACAUGGGCAUGACCGGUCCCCUGCGGCCGCCGAUGAACCCGCAACAACAGCAACAACAAGUCCACCCUCAAAUGCACGGCCAGAUGAUGCAGCAGCAACAACCCGGCGGCAACAUGAUGGUGAUGAUGAACCAACAGCAGCAACAACAACAACAACACCCCGGCGUUCAGAACGCCACGUCGCCUCACGCCGGCCAGCAGCACCAGCAGAAUCACCCGCACAUGGUCCAGGUAAUGCAACAACCUGGCCAGCCAAUGAUGAUGCAACCCAACCGCAACAUCGUCGUCGGUCAGCAGGCCCAGUUCCAGCAGGUGCGUCAACAGCAGCAGCAACAACAUCCGCACGGCUCACCCAUGUGCCCGUCCAGUCCCCAAGUGGCAACGUCCAGCGGCGGACCCGUUCAGAGUCCCCGCAUGAUCCACCAAGUGGCCAGUCCUGCCCAAAUGAUGACGACGCCCCAGCCGUCGCCCAGUCCUCAGAUGCAAAUGCCGGGCAGAGUAGCCGGCCAGGUGCAGCAACAGCAACGCCCCAUGCCCGCGCCGUCACCUUCGCCCUCGAUGAUGAUGACCCACUCGCCUCACGGGUCGAUGAGUGGCGGUGGGCCCAUGACGCCCGGCCCCAUGACCCCCGGUGGCACAGGCCAACAACAGCAACAGCCCAGUCCUAUGCCUUCGCCCCACACGGCGUCUGGCGGCGGCGCUGGGCCUGUCGGUCAACAAGGGCAGAUGCAAAUGUCCUCGUCGUCGCCUAGAGGUAUGGGCCAGCAACAGCAAGUGGGUACGCCUCUGUCUCAACACUCUGAGAACAACGACGUCGUGGCCCUCAACAGUCCGUUCAGCCCUGGGCCGAUGGCUUCCCCGCAACCCGUCGGAGUCAUGGGCCAGUCGGGUCACAAUCCCAACGUCGUCGGGACUGGGCAAGGCCAAGUGGGAAUGACGAUGAGAUUGACGUCGCCCCAAUCUCACCCUCCGCGGUUGCCUUCGCCGCAACAACAGCAGCAACAACAGCAAAUGCAAAAUGUCCAGCAGAAUGUCGGAGGCGGUCCUGUGAGGAUGAUGGGCCAUCCUGGCCCAGGCGUCAUGAUACGCCCGCCCAUGCAGCAACAACAGCAAUACGUUGACAUGCAGCAACAACACCAGCACCAACAGAUGCAAGGUGGACCUGGCCAAGUGAUGAUGCAGAGGCCGGCCGGCAACAUGCAACAACAGCAGCAACACAUGGUGAUGCCUGGACAGCAACAACAAAUGAUGGGACAGCAGAGAUUCAUUCGGCCAGCCAAUGUGGUGCAGCAACAACCCGGCGGUCAAGGGCCUGGUGGGGAGCCGGUGAUGAUGAUCCGGCAGCGCUUCCCAAUGGCGUCCGCCCUCCAACAGGCGGCCCAGAUUCAGCAGCAACAACACGCGCCCAUGCAAGGCAACAUGCAGGGAAUGCAACAACAGCAACAACAGCCGAUGAAAGUCAACCAACAGCAGGUGCAUCAACAGCAAGCGGCCCAGAUGCAAAUGCAGCGGCAGCAGCAGAUGAUGCAGCAACAACAACAACAAUUCGUCAUGCAACAACCCAUGCAACAGCAGCAAAUGCAACAACAACAAGCCCCUCAGCACCAGAUGCAGCAACAACAAAUGCAGCAGCCAAUACAACAAGGAGUCCAGGGUCCAUUGAAUCACCAGCAACAACAACAACAACCACCUCAAGGGCAUUUCCAGCCGCAACAGCAAACGUACGGCAACAACAACCAGCCGAUGCAGCAACAGUACAUGCAGCAGCCGCAGCAACAACCCAUGCACCACCAGCCAAUGCAACAACAACAGCAACAAGUUUACGGAGGCAACGGCAACAACUACAAUCCGGUCAUGAGACCUCGAGCCCCUGGAACUCCUGUCACCGUCCAGCAGCAACUCUCGGUCGACUCUUCCGUCGGAAACGUUGUGGCUCCUCCUCCACUCCAGAGCCCCGUAGCUCAACAACAGCAACAACAACAAGCUCCUCCAGUUAAUAAUCAGACGCUCGACUCUGCUGAUCCGUCGGCCGGUGGAGGCGGUGGAGGAGGAAUCGGUUCGAUGAACGUGGCCCCUCACUGGAUCGUCUACGAUUCGUUUGGUUUCCCUAAAAUCGGAUUGAAAGGAGGUGGCACCGAUGGUCCACUCUCUCCCCCUCCCCCACCUGUUCCCAUUCUUCCGGCAACGGAGAAGAGCGAACAAGACAAAGGGCCUCAGUUGUUGGCAGCCUCGGAUUUGGAAUCGGCCACGUCCAGUCAUGAGGGGCCCAUCGUCGUUGCCGAGGUCGUCGAAUUGACGAAGGCCGUCGAAGAAGUUGGCGGGAUGGAAGGGCUCAUGGAUCCGCUGGCAACCACUUCGACGUCGGAAAUGUCUGAGGUGGUCGUGCCGGCCCUUCGUGAAGAACCGACGAUGACGAAGGCGGACGAGAUGAUGGGCAACGACCAGAUGCUGAUGGAUUUGCCUGGCGGAGGAGAAAUGGAGACGCUGGAAAUGUUCCACUUGGUGGAAGUGCCCGAAGUGACGGAAGUGGACAUGAUUUCACCCCGGCCAAUCGACGGCGGCGGCAAAAUGGCGCCAAUCCACGACCCCAUUGAAUUGGUGGAAGAGAGGAAAGAAGGACGGGCAGUGGCAGUGGCCCGGGUCGAAGUGGAUCAUUUGAUGCCAGAAACAGCCGCUGUUGCCGAUCCAGCCCUCGAAAUUGGAGCUGGAGCCAAGGCCCAGUCAUCGCCGUCCAUCGCGUCCAGUGAUCCUGUCGAAUCGUCGCUUGUUAAAUCUCAGCAGUUCGAUCCUUCCGUCAUUCCGAAAUCCGAAUCGCUGCCCGAUGUGAUUCUGAACGAAGAAGUUGAGGCCGUUCCUGUCGUAUCGGCCGCCGAGUCACAGGAAGAAGUUGAGACUCCACCAGUUCCAGCAACGGUUUCAGCGCCCACGGUUCAAGAUCCAGUGGUGCCAGAAACAGAGAAACCAACGCCUCCAGCGGAAGUUGUUGCUGUAGCGGCUGCUCCGCCCCCAGUUUUGACACCGGCCGUUGUGGUACCCUCGGUCUCGCUCUCUCCUGCAGUCACUUUGGCUUCCAAAGUCUCGCUGAAGGCCCCAGUCUCUUAUUCGUCGAGUCCAUCGUCCAUGUCGACGACGACAGUCACCACCGUCACACUGUCGGCCAUUCCGGUCUCGAAUGUGCCUCCGUCGACCCAAUCGGCCACCCAUCCCACGACAAUCCAGUCGAAUCCUCAACCGAACGUGACAAUUCCGAUGACGUCAGUUCGGACAGUGUCCGUCCCGGGAACUGUGCCGACGUCGAUCCUCGUUCGAGCUCCGAUGGGCAACCGACUCUCAUCACCUUUGAUCAUCAACCAACGGCCACUGCCCACCCUGACGUUGAACUCGUCGUCCGCUCAGAAUCCUCCGCCAUCGGCCAAUCAGCCCAAAGCGACUCUGCAGCAACAACAGCAACAACAAACGGUGGUAUUGGUCAAACAAGAGAAAAUGGACGAGGAACCAGUGGCAGCUCAACAGUCAACGUCUGAAUCCAGCGCCAAUGCCGAGGAAUCCAGCAAUCCGCUUCUGGUGCAGCAACAACAGCAGUUUUUCUUGUUUCCCCAGAACGCCCUGCUCAAGCAGUUGCUGCAAGGAUCGGCGGCUGCGGCCGCUGCAGCCGCUGCCGCAGCCUCGUCGGCCUCAUCCACUUUGUCGUCGUCCUCGGCCUCGACGUCCGCCGUUUCGUCGACGACCAGCAACUCUGCGACGACAACGACCACCACCACCAACAACAACUCGACGAAACCGACGUCGCUCAUGGGUUUGCUGGCCAAGCCGUUGACUCCCAGCAAAGUGCCCGUCUCCUCGUCUUCUUCGUCCGGCGUCUCGGCAACCAAUUACGCCGGAGGUCCUGCCCCUGGCGGUGGUGGAGUCGCCACCAGUUCCUCGACGCCAACUACACCGACAUCCUCGGCGUCGCGGUCGCUUUUCGGCGCUGCCACUUCGUUGGCCUCUCAACUGGCCCAGCCCAUCACCCCGUCCUCGUUGGCCGUGGCUCAGAUUCCGCCGUCGCAAAUGGCCCAGAUGGUCUCCCGCGUCCCUCAGCCGCCGACUCCGACUCAACAACAGCAACAACAGCAACAGCAGCAGCAGAACGCGUACCGACCUGCCGGCAUGAUGGUCAGGGCUCCUUUCGUCGGCCAGCAACAACAACUACAACAGAGGCAAAUGGUGGUGGUCAAACAGGAAGUUGUCGUGUUGAACGAGCAGGCGACUUGUUCUUCCGCCGUCGGCGUCAAAAUGGAACUGGAGGAGAGCGAACAUUCGAUGGAUUCCGUCACGGCCUUGUCCAAUUCAGAGACGCAGUCGGAACAACAGCAACAACAUCAAAAGCAGCCACAGCCCACCAACCGGUUGACGACGGCCACCGCCAACAACAACAACAAUGCGACGCCAGCGACAACAACAACAGCCGCAACGGCUUUGACCAAUUCGGCGGCGACCAGCGAGGAAAUCCGCAAAAUGAAGCGACGCCAAUACCAGCAGAAGCGGAGGCAAAGCGUCGCCGCCAACAACAAACCGGAUUCAUCAGCCAACGCGUCCGGAAUGAACGUUUUGGGCGUCACUCUCCCUCCGGCUGUUUCCAUCUCCAACAACAACAACAACAACCAGGCCGUUUCUGCGGCUAUGGUCCCGUCGGCCGCCACAGUCCUGACAGUCGGCCCUGGUGCCACUGGAAAUGCCAAUCUCAACACGUCGGGAUCGGCGCCCAUGACGCCGACCGGAUCCAUCGCCGGAGUUUCUAUUCCGUCGACUCCCAAUCCGUCAGCCAAGAAGAGAAGUCGCAAAGGAUCGAAAUACGAGGAGAUUGUGGAUUACGACGCCUUUAUCGAGUCGGUCAUGACUCAAAUCCGCACGGCAUUGCCUCCGCUGACGGUCCAGGAGCCCCAACUGGGACGUGGAUGCGUUUCGUCGACGGGCACUUUUAUCUUUGGCGCUGGCGAUCUCACCCCGUUCGCCUCGAGGAUCCAAAGUCACAACAACAACAACAACUACAGCAACUACUCGGCAAGCGCCGUCAAGGUGGAUCGCAACGGACUCCUCAAAGGCUCUUACGGCUCGGCCCACCUGCCCGGCGUCUCGGAUUACUACAACACUCGCCCGUUUGGCGACAUCGAACCCGUGGCGGCGGCCGCCCCUCCUCCGCCCAACAAUCCGCCCACUCCGUCGGCAAACAACAACAACACACAGGGCGCUGCCGGAAGCAACAGUAGUAGUAGUAGUAGCCAGAGGGGUUUCUACCACCAGGAAUUUGCCUGGCCUCGAUGGGAUCCGGCCGGAUCAUCACGUCACCACGACGACUACGCCUCGCGCAACAGCCGCAGCAGCUCGAGCUGCUCCAUCCUCCUGGACAACAGCAAUCUGGCGGGCGGAAGAGGUGACGGAUGCGACACUCCUGACACGGUGGUCAGUUCGUCGUCGCCCGAGUGCGUCAUGCCGGAACCGAUUGUCCGUUUCCCCGGCCUCCGAUUCAUCGACUUGGCCAUGGACUCGGCCGGAUCGGACAGGCAACAGAACUCGAAGAGUCCGGAAGAUUCUUCCACGUCCAGGCGGAGUAGUUACUGCAACUCGCCCGAUAUCCCCAUCAUCAUCUGCGCCCCCGUGCCCAUCCGGCCCACACCGCCGACCCAAGUUCACAUCACUCCGCCAGCUGCUCCGCCCCCCGUGUCCGCCCCUCCUUGUCCGCCCGUUUCGAUGAAGAAGGAAGUCAUUUGCCUGGACACGGAGAAUCAGCCGACCAACAACAGCCUCCAGCCCGGCAAAUCCAGCAGCUUCGCACCUUCGGCGUUCGGACUGAUGACGGGCGGUUCCGGACUUCCGCUCCGGGACAGCACCAACGUGACGGUGACUUUGACUUUGAACGCGUCGGCGGCCGAGGAUGUCAAUCAGGUCCUGUGCCGAUUAGCCGCCCUCCUCAGAGUCCCGCCGCCUACCGAUUACCGCAUCAUCGAACGGCCUGGCGCCGGCACUCCCGGCGGUGGAGGCGGACCCCCCGGCCCGUCGCAACGCCUAGGACUUUACCGUUUCAAGGGCAAAGACGGGAAGGAAGGCGCUCCGGUGGACAUCCAAUCGAUCCUGAACGGGACGACGAAAUUCUGCCGCCACUGCGACGUUGUCAUUUUGGGAAACAACAAAAUCACCAAAAAGGCCCAGCUCUUCUCCGCCGCCGGACUGGACAGCAGCAGCGCCGAUCCAAAGAAAACGACGACGGUGACGACCAUUCCCGAUCCGGACGAUCCCGACGGAGAAGACGAAGAUUACCAUUUCUGCAGUUCCGUCUGUUUUGUCCAGUUCGCCGUGGCGCACAACACCCGGCCGUCGGCCAUCGAAGCCAAAGAAGCCAACGCCGUUGUGGCUCACAUCAGCAGCGGUGGUGGCCAGGGGCAACAAGUUUGCGUCCAGGAUUCGGGCGUCUCCAGUCACAGCCACACGGCGGCCAGCGCGGCGGCCGCCAGUGUCGUUGCCGCUGCGGCCGCAGCCGCCGCUGUCGCCGUUCCAGUCGCGUCGCAGGCCCAGACUCCGGUUCCGGUGACUCCUCCCGCCCCCAAGUGGAAGGGAUUGCGGUACCGCAACUGGUCGCCGAAUUUCCAGCAGCAGGUGGCCAGGAAACAGCAGCAGCAGCCGGGCAACCACAACAAAAAGAUGACGGACAACGAGUUGACGGAAAUGCUGUACAGGGCGGCCAUUUGCAUCCGCCCGACGGGCGAAAAGGCGAUCGACAAGCGCCAGUGUCUCUUUUGCAGUGGCCAAGGUGACGGCGUGUCGGACGGCCCUGCCCGGCUCAUCAACUACGACGUGGACCGUUGGGUUCACUUGAACUGCGCCCUGUGGCACGAAGAGGUCUUCGAGAUGGUCAACGGGGCCCUGAUGAACGUGGACACGGCCCUGAAGCAGAGCCUGACGCAGACGUGCCUCCAUUGCGGCCGCAACGGCGCCAGCGUCAAGUGCUUCAAACUGCGCUGCUCGUCCGUCUUCCACCUGGGCUGCGCCGUCAAGGAGGGCUGCGUCUUCCUCAAGAACAAGUCCGUCUACUGCUCCCAGCACUUGCCCAAGUGUUCCAGCACCAGCUCCACUUCGGUGGUCGACAUCAAGGAGGAGCAGCUGACGACGCUGUCCGUUUUCCGGCGGGUCUACAUCAACCGCGACGAGAACCGCCAGGUGGCCACAGUCAUGCACAGCGGCGGAGUGGCGGUGGACGCCGGCGAGCAGAGUUACCUGCUGAGAGUCGGAUCGCUGACGUUCCUGUCGGUGGGCCAGCUGCUGCCGCACCAGUUGGCCGCCUUCCACUCACCCAAUUGCAUUUACCCCAUCGGCUAUCAGGUGGUCCGCUUCUACUGGUCCCCGCGGCAGAUCCACAAAAGGUGUCGAUACGUUUGCUCCAUCGAGGAAUGCGAGGGCCGGCCGCAGUUUAACGUUGUCGUCCAGGAACCCGAUCGACCCAACCUGCCCGACCUUUCCUUCAAGGACUGGACGUGUCAAGGUGUUUGGCAACAAAUUCUCGGCGCCAUUGAAGAAAUGAGGCGGCAGGAAGGUGUCGUCCGUCUUUUCCCUCAGUUCCUCAACGGCGAGGAUCUUUUUGGACUCAACGAGCCGGCAAUCGUCCGUGUCCUUGAAUCCUUGCCCGGAAUUGAGUCGCUGACGGAUUACAACUUUAAAUACGGCCGCAAUCCUCUGCUGGAAUUGCCGUUGGCCGUCAACCCGACAGGAUCUGCCCGUUCUGAACCCAAACUGCGAACUCAUGUCAAACGAUUCCACGCCCAUCGGACGUUUGGCACUUCGCGUUCGUCAACCAACGCGUCGACGUCGUCAUCCAGCGGCGGCGGCAGCAGCCACUCGAGCAGCCUGGCCAGCAGUUUGGUGAUGGUGGACCUUCCGGGUCCGUAUUCCAAACAGUUUGUCCACUCGAAGAGUUCGCAGUACAAGAAGAUGAAACAAGAGUGGCGUCACAACAUUUACCUGGCCCGCUCCAAGAUCCAGGGCCUGGGCCUCUACGCCGCCCGGGACAUUGAGAAACACACGAUGGUCAUCGAGUACAUUGGCGAAAUGAUCCGGGCCGAAUUGGCCGAGUGCCGGGAGAAGCGCUACGAGGCGGCCAACCGCGGCAUUUACAUGUUCCGACUGGACGAGCAGCGAGUCAUCGACGCCACCCUGUGCGGCGGAUUGGCCCGUUACAUCAACCACUCGUGCGGGCCCAACUGCGUCGCCGAGGCCGUCGAAGUCGAGCGCGACUUGAGGAUCAUCAUCUUUGCCAGCCGGAGGAUCGCCAGAGGCGAAGAGCUUUCGUACGACUACAAGUUCGACAUUGAAGACGACCACAAGAUUCCGUGCCUUUGCGGGGCCGCUAGUUGCCGCAAAUGGAUGAACUGAUUGAAACCAAAUUGGACAAACUUGAGAUGGAUGAGACUCUGUCUGUCUGCCUUGUUUCUAUAAGAGAAAACAAACAAAAAAAUGAUGUUCUUUUUCUGUUUUUUGUAUUUAGUCGCCUGUGCAAUGGUUAUAAUCUGUACAAAGGAUUGAAAGUGGGAAAAUUUUGUUUUUUGUUCUUUAAUUUCUUUUGCCAUUGUGGGGAAUGUGUCACAACUUUGUGUGAUUGUGCGUGUGUGUCGGUGUAAUUGCGAAUUGUUUAGUCCUCCCGUGAUUUGUGUUGUACAUUUUGUGUCUGGAAUUGUGUCGUCGUUCAUUUGUGUCUCGGAUGGAAAGGCUUGGCGGAAGGGCCGAGAAUCCCGUGGCCCCCAUUCAUUCGAUUGGAUUGGCGUCAUUGUUGUUUUUAACUUUCUUUCCUUCCUUCUCUCCUCUUCCUGAUUGUUUUCUGCAUUUUCUUUUUCCCCCCCGAUUGAUGAGUUUUGUCUUGACUUAAUUCCCUCGUCGGCCACCAUUUGAAUGAUUGAAGAUUGAAGAAAUGAUUCAUAGAGCAACUUGCAGUGAAAAAAGUAAAUCAAGUCGCCCAAUUAUAAUUUUGUUAUCUGUACGGAUUGUUUUUACACUUAUACACCUAUUCAAACCAA